AUGAACUAUAUUGCCGUCAUGUUGUCGCCAGAGGCGACUGCGACCGACCUCGCUGCCGCGGCGGAGCCCUCCAGCAGGGGUGUGGUGUCCCCAACGCGCAGCCCUGCCUUUGCUGAUCUGCGCGCGCGGCACCGGGAACGGCUGGGGCAAAUACGCUCACGCCUGCGAGGGCACAUUGAAGAGACGCUUCCUUUGCUGACGCCGUCGCCACCCGCCGCAGCGGAGUUACCUGCGACGCCUCACGUGGCACGACUCCUGGACUUCUCGGCGAAGCUGCAUCAAGUUCCUGAUGGCGCGACGGCGGGCGACAUACGCCAGCUGCUGCUUAGCCGGCCGCCUCGUCCACCCGCCGAGAGGACGUCGCUUAGGUUGUCCUUCAACCCAGAAUGCAUUCAGCUGAUGCAGCGCAGCGGUGAGGAGGGAGUGCAGGGAGCGUCGGCAAGCGGAAACUCUUUUAUGGGGGACACAAAUGCCGGUGAGGCGCAGGAGCGCGUCGUGUUGGAAGAUAGUGAUGCGCCUUUCAUUUCAUUUCAUUUAAAAUGUACGAGCUGUGCCUCGGACGAGCGGAUCCUUAUUGACGCAAACGCAUCGUCGUUAUUCUACUGCCCGUUCUGCGGUGUUCCUCAACGCUAA